AUGGGCAUGGGAGGAGCUAUGGUGUUCAACCUCUACAGAGGCAAAGAGAUCAACGUGUGGUCAACGCAUGUUGAUCUUCUCCACACUCAUGGAGAGCCAGAGCCACACAAAAGUUCUGAAAGUUUUUUGUGGGGAUGCAUGCUAUCAUUGGGUGGUUGCGUCUCGUACUCAUUAUGGUUUAUAGUUCAGGAAAAUCAGAUAAAGAAUUUCCCCUAUCCUUACUCAAGCACAGCUCUAGCGUCCCUGAUGGCAUCAAUUCAAUUUGUAAUUUUCGCCCUCUGCGUGGAGAGGGACUGGAAGCAAUGGAAGUUGGUACUUUUGGCUUCAUAUUCGGGAAUCUUGAUCUCAGGGCUUGCUCUGACCCUAAUGACAUGGGGUGUAAAGAAGGAAGGGCCACUCUUCGCUUCGGUUUUUCAGCCUGUGCUGCUUGUGAUGGUUGCACUUGCAGGCUCUUUCCUACUUGAUGAGAAGUUACAUAUGGGAAGCAUAUUAGGAGGGCUGCUGAUUGUGGUUGGACUAUACGCCAUAUUGUGGGCUAGUAGUAAGGAUAAAUCCGAUUCUCAACCCACAUCCGAGGAGGAGAUGUCAAUUCACACAAGUAUUGCACAUGCCGAAAUAGACGACGGGGAUUCACCGUCAUUGUGA